UUUAUUGGCGUUUUCAAUUUAUUUUGGGCUUUACUUAAACAACCAGACUCAUUUAUACAUUUGACAAGACAAAAGCGAAUAAAUUUAUCGCUCCUUCUCUCCCAAUCUGCUUCACUCGCCAAACCUCGUUUCUUCGCCGGAACCCUAAAUCGUCUCCAUCAGUUUUAAUUUUCCGUUGAUGAACGUGCGAUUAGGGAAAAGCUGAGGUCUGACACGGCCAGGUUUUUUUCACCGAAUGGAGGGAGGUAGCGUCUCCAUAUACUCUUGUCUCGGAAUAAACCCAUGGAUUAUGAUGACAAUGACUUUCAAAACCAGAAUCUCCAUCUAGCUGGUGAAGCUAACAAUAAAUUUCCCCCAGUAUUGCAGCCUUAUGCUCUUCCAAAGUUUGAUUUUGAUGAUACACUCAACACGCAUUUGAGAUUUGACAGUUUAGUUGAAACCGAGGAUUUUCUUAGUAUCGAGGGUAACGAAGAUAGUAGCUGGAUUGAGGAUUUCUCGCGUGGAGAUAGUGGUAUUGUUUUUAGUUCAGGUGCAACGGAGUCCUGUGCCAUUUCUAGGCACAAUAAUGUUUGGUCUGAGGCUACUUCGUCGGAAUCUGUUGAAAUGCUUUUGAAUUCAGUUGGACAGGACGAAGUCAUUGUAAGAGAAGAUACUACCAAGAAAUCUGGCAAUUCGGAUGAACUAGGUUGCACAAUGGAACAAUUGGAGCCUGGUCAAACAAACCAUGAGAAUAUUCUUCCCAAAGAGGAAACAGCAAACGUACAACCGAACACAUCUGUGGAUGAUACUACUCCAGGAGACUACUCUGUGCUAAAGACAGAUGCUGAGCAGGAACAGGUCCUGGUGAAAGAUGACUCACCAACCGUUGCAGAAAAGUCAUCCACGGAGGAAAUAAAUGCCAUAUUGGCUUCAAAAACCGUGACUGUAGAGGCUGUGGAUACUGUUGGUCAUGAUAAGAUAGGAACUGAGACGACUGAUAGUCUUCUUGACCAAACCCUUGGGGAAGCGUCAUCCAUGGAGGAAAAUAAUGCUGUUUUGGCUUCAAAUACCGCGACUGUAGAGGCUGGGGAUACUGCUGGUCACGAUGCGAUAGGAACUGAGAGGACUGAUAGUCUUCUUGACCAAAUCGUUGCAGAAGAACCUUCCAUGGAGGAAAAUAAUGCUGUUUUGGCUUCAAAUGCCGUGACUGUAGAGGCUGUGGAUACUGCUGGUGAAGAUAAGAUAGCAACCGAGACGACUGAUAGUCUUCUUGACCAAACCGUUGCGGAAGAGUCCUCCAUGGAGGAAAACAAUGCCAUCUUGGCUUCAAAUGCCGUGAUUGUAGAGGCUGUGGAUACUGCUGGUGAAGAUAAAAUAGAAACCGAGACGACUGAUAGCCGUCUUGACCAAACCGUUGCGGAAGAGUCAUCCAUGGAGGAAAACAAUGCCAUCUUGGCUUCAAAUGCCGUGACUGUAGAGGCUGUGGAUACUACUGGUGAAGAUAAAAUAGAAACCGAGACGACUGAUAGUCUUCUUGACCAAACCGUUACGGAAGCGUCAUCCAUGGAGGAAAAGAAUGCUGUUUUGGCUUCAAAUACUGCGACUGUAGAUGCUGUGGAUACUGCUGGUCAUGAUAAGCUAGGAACUGAGACGACUGGUAGUCUUCUUGACCAAACAGAAGACGAAGCUAACGCAGAAUCAAAGAUGGAGAUUGAUGAUGGAACUGUACCAACUGGUGUUCCUUGUAGCGGUGAGUUGAAUUAUCAGACGAUUUUGCUUCCAGAGACUUCCAAUGAUGAAAAUGAUAUCAGCAACCAAAUUAAAAGUAGUCAUAACGGCGAUGAUCUAACAAUAGAGUCACGGUCAGUUUUGGUUGAGGCUCAUUGUGAUAGCCGUAUAGACACAACUUCUGUAGUUGCAAAUGUGGAAGGCGAAAAUUUUGACGAAACUGAAAAGUCUGAUUUGAUGGAGAUGGAGCUAUCUGAUGUCACUGUACUAGAAAGAGGGGAGCAAGCUCUCUCUACUCUUGAGGUAAGUGGACAAGAUGUUUCAGGGACCCAAGUUGCAAAUGUGGAAGCUGAAAAUUUCGGCGAAACUGAAAAGCCUGAUUUGAAGGAGAUGGAGCUAUCUGAUGUCACAUUACUCGAAAGAGGGGACCAAGCUCUCUCUACUUUUGAGGUAGGUGGACAAGACGUUUCAAAUAUCCAAUGCCAAGAAUUCCUUGUCAGCAGUGCUCAUACUAGCGCAACUGUUGAAGCAUCUGUGGAACUUGCUGAGGAAUUUACAACUCUUACAAGCAAUGUUUCCAUGGAGAAGCCUGAAUCGCGUAUUCAUCAACAUAUGGAAGUUACUGAAAGUGAACAUGAAUGUACUUUUGUGACUGAGACACAUACACAGAUUCUUCUAGUUGAAACUUCAGAAAGUGUUAGUGUUUCACAAACGAACUCAAUGGUUGAAUCCACAAAAGGUGAUGUGUCUAGGAAGGGUGACAACAACGAAGGUAUUGCUCGCAUGUCUAAUAUCAAGCAAAGUUUGGAAUUGGCUGUCAAUGCCAAUGAUAGACAUCAGGACGCCAGGAGCUCUCAAAUCAUAUCUGAAAGCGUUGUGUCUGAGUCUGUUGUUGGUUAUGUUCCAGGAGACGCAGCUUCCAAGCUGGUGGAGUCAAAAUCUCAGUUUGACACCACUCCAGCGGAUAAUUCAGGGACUAUGAUUGACGGUAAAGAAUGUGAAGUAUUUCCUCUUAUUUCCGAAGAAUCACAUCAACUAAGGCAAGAUGGAGCACCUGUUGUUUAUCUCACAUCUUCGACAUAUUUACAUACAGUGAAUACAUCCUCUGAUGUGAAUGAUCAAGGCAGUUUCUCUGAAACUGAAAAGGUUACAUCUGUGGAACCUGAAAAUGACCAAACCGUUCCACCUGUGGAUGCAAGUAGUUCAGGGAGUCAUAUAGACCAACAAGCUAGGAAGCAUACUGAAGAUACUCAACAGAGUACAGAAUUUGUCGUAGGCUGUCCUGCCUCUGAAGGGUCAAAAGAUGCAGUAGAUGCUGAUGCCGCUGGGCAAGUUUUGCAUCAGCAGUCUGAGGAAACAAUUUUAGAAGAAAAUAUAGUAACAGAAGCUGUAGAUGUUCUAUCUUUUGCUUCUUCCUCAGAGACUCGGUCAAUUCUAGACAAGGAUGGCAUAAAUGAAAAACCUAAUACUAGCUCCUUGGCUAUUCGUGGGAGUGAAGCUGGGGAAGAUGGCCGGGAAGAGGAUAAUACUGCUGCAUCCGGUGGGAUUAUGGCAGCUGGGUCUCCUGUUUCACACUCCACGGGUGAUGUAAUCGGAAAAGGUGACUCCCGUGCUUCUACAAGUUCUGAGCCUUUUGCAAAGUCCCAUAUGACUGGGACAGAAAACGCUGCAACAAAUUUAGGGACUCCUCUUAUUUCAUUCCCCGCUGGUAAGACGUCCGAACUUCAACUUCAUAAGACAGAGACAAACAGCGUGAAAAAACCAGAAGAUCAGAGUAUUUCGAGUUUUAUGUCUGUCGAAUCUCCGGUCUUGAAUAGAAAUGUGACCUUCAGCAGUGGGCUGAACUCAACUUCCGAUCCAAGGAAAGCAGGGGAGAUUUCUAAAGCUGUUAACUUUUCACAAGCUGCCCUUGUCUCUCCGAUUGUGGUGGGAUCUCCGUCAACAUCUAGCUUAGAGAAAACAGCUGCAAAGUCUUCCAAAACAAAACCUGAGCGUAAACCAAGGCGAACACCUAAAUCUGCAGGAAAAGAGACUUCCAGAAAAGGAAACAGUGUAAAAGGGGCUGCACCUUUCCAACAUAUUCAAAGUGGAGGCAAAACAAAUGCUGUUAACCAAACUGCUGCUUGUUCUAUUCAAAUCACAUCAUCUACUGAGAAGCAGCAAAGUCUUCAGACCCCUGCUCUAAAUGCUUUUGGAACCCUUUCAGCCCCCGCAGCAAGUCUACCUGAUCUGAAUUCUUCUGCUCUUUCAAGUAUUUUGCGUCGACCUUUCACAGACUUGCAACAAGUGCAACUACGUGCACAGAUUUUUGUUUAUGGGGCUCUGAUCCAAGGAACAGCACCCGAUGAAGCGUAUAUGAUAUCCGCAUUUGGUGGUCAAGAUGGUGGGAAAGGCAGUUGGGAGAAAUCAUGGCGUGCUUGUGUUGUAAGGGCUCAGAAAUUGCAUGUUUCUACUCCUGAAACGCCAUUGCAAUCACGUACAGGGAAGACAGAGAUUCCGUCUGCGGGUCACACCAUUAGCAAAGGUUCAGCGACAAAACCCAUUAUUCCACUCUCAUCACCUUUAUGGAGUUUGUCAACUUCCCUUGAUACUUUACAAUCAAGUAGCAUUCAGAGAGGUUCAGCUGCUGCUCAUCAGCCACUGCUUUCUACGUCGCAUUCUCACCAAACUCCACCAAGUACGAAUAUUGUUGGACAUAAUACCCCUUGGAUGUCUCCUCUCCCAUACCGCAAUCCUUGGCUUGCUUCUCCGCAAACUAGUGGAUUUGAUGUUGGUUCUCGUUUCCCUGUAUUCCCGAUCACCGAACCUGUAAAAUUUACUCCCACGAAAGAAUCAUCCUUGCCUUACUCUGGCGCAAAGCAUGUUCUGAGUGGAACUUCUAGCAAUGUUUUCAAAGGGACGCCAACACUUGAGCCAGCCAGUACAGUUGUAGCACCUGGUCAACAUUCUACUGGGACGAAAUCAAGGAAACGGAAGAAGAUGCCAGUCUCUGAGGAGUCUGGCCCAAACAUUUUGAAUUCGCUAAAGCAGACAGAAUUAGUGGUCUCACCUCUUGACUCUAUAUCGACACCUGUGUCUACUACAGCUGCUCUGGGUAAUAUGACUUCUAAUGCAGGCACCCUGCCCAAUGUUUCUUUCACUCCAGUCACUAAUAACCUGGUAUCUACGUUCCCCGGGAAAAAAACAAAAUCUUCUCUGCCAUCCCCAAUUUUUGGUGGCAACCUUAUACCUGAAGUUCAGCAGAGAUCUUUCUUGUCGGUGGAUACCAUUGAUAAACUUAAUGAGGCUACGAUGCAUGCAGAGGAUGCAUCUGCUCUUGCUGCUGCAGCUGUUAGUCACAGUGAAUACGGUGAAAAAAGUGCAGUGAUGAGCUCCAGUUCGGUUCUUAGUGCUGCUAGAGAGGCGGCUAAGAAGAGGGUUGAAGCUGCCACAGCGGCCACUAAGCGAGCUGAAAAUAUGGAUUCUAUUGUAAAAGCAGCAGAACUGGCAUCAGAGGCGGUUUCACAAGCUGGAAUACUUGUUUCCAUGGGCCAUCCUCCGUUGCUCAAUAAACUGGUUGAGGCGGGUCCAAGUAAUUACUGGAGGCAGGCUCAAGAAUCUGAAGAAGUGCAGCCCUGUGAAACGGGUGGGUUAGAAAAAGAAACUGUGGCUACUAGUGAUAGAACGUUUGCUAGUCCCAGAACUGUGCCGACUGAGUUGGAUGCUGGCUCAGUGAGAACAGCUGAUGGUGUAUCCGGUCCAGUUUCUACCAUUGGAAAGAAAACAAAGGGACAAAAGGGUCAUAAAGGUGCAGACUUGGCUAAAAAUAAUGCUGUAGUUUUCGAACCAGAAUUUGGGUCAAAAUCUUCGAUUGACACCCAGACUGAGAGUGAACAGAUAAUGAAAACAGCAAACUAUGAGGACAUCAAGGAGGGUUCUCAUGUAGAGGUUUUCAAGGAAGGACCCGAAUUAAGAACUGCAUGGUACUCUGCCAAUGUAUUGAGCUUAGAGGAUGAGAAAGCUUACGUAGUGUUCAAUGACCUUUCUGUAGAAGAAGGAACAGAUAAGCUGAAGGAAUGGGUAGCCCUCAAAGGUGAAGGUGAUGAGGCUCCGAAAAUAAGAACUGCUCGUUCUGUUACUGCCAUGCCAUAUGAAGGAACCAGGAAGAGACGUAGAGCUGCCAUUGGAGAUCCUGUUUGGAAAAUUGGGGAUAGGGUAGACUCGUGGGUGCAUGACAGUUGGUUGGAGGGUGUUAUCACGGAGAAGAACAAGAAAGAUGAAAAUACAGUGACUGUGCAUUUUCCUGCACAAGGAGACACUUUGACGAUCAAAGCUUGGAAUCUUCGUCCUUCUCUUGUAUGGAAAGAUGGAAUGUGGAUUGAAUGUUCUACUUCAGGAGAAAACAUCAGCUCGUCACAUGAGGGUGAUACUCCGAAGGAGAAGCGUCCCAGAUUAGGAGCUCCCGCACUGGUGGCUAAAGAAAAAGACACGACAAUGAAGAUUGUUGAUGUCCCAGAUUUUGGGAAACCGCCGCCUCCUCAGUCUGGUGUUCUUGACCUUGGUGUUUCAGAGAAUACAUUUAACAUUGGGAGGAGUACCAGAGAGGAGGGCAAACCCGAUCCACUCCGAAUGAAGAGAAGCGGUUUGCAAACGCAGGGAUCAAAAAGUAUUUUUGGUGUCCCAAAACCUGGUAAGAAAAGGAAGUUCAUGGACGUGAGCAAACACUAUGUUUCAGAGGCGAGCACUAAAACUCGGGAACGGAGGGAACCAGUUAAGCCUGUGAAACCAGUUGUGCCCCAAAGUUCAGGACCAGGGAGCUGGAGACUGCCUUCUAAAACUGUUUCCAGAGAGAAACAGACGACAACUGUAUCUAGGCCCAAGACUUUCAAACCCGCGCCGCCCAAGACCAAGGAGAAUCCGGGUGCUGCAGCUAGGAUAAUACCGCGCAAGGACUCGCGUAAUACAACAUCCUCAAAUAUGGAGUCUGAUAAUGCCGUUGAUCAGAGUGGAGAGAACAAGGACCCUGCAUCCGGAACAACUACUAAUGUUCCAUCCAAGGGAACAGGGGAAGAGCAAACGACAUCAUCUUCCCAAGAUAAUGGCUCCAAGAACACUUCCUCCUCAAGCACUAAUAAAGGGAAAGUGGCUCCUACCGCAGGGAGGUUAGCCAAGAUCGAAGAGGAUAAAGCGUUGGCUGAGAAUUCGUCAAGAGCGUCAGAUGGAAUGGAGCCACGUAGAUCUGUCCGCAGGAUUCAGCCAACUUCUAGGCUACUUGAAGGUCUGCAAACGUCGAUGAUGACCUCGAAGAUUCCUUCGAUGUCACACAACAAAAGUCACCAAAGUCAGAGCAAAAAGCAAGUAGAGGUGGUGGAAGGAGCAGAAGCUAAGUGCACAUAAAAACCCCAAGCGGAGAAAAAGAAGAAGAAGAAAUAGGCAGUCUCGGCUGCUGUUAGGUUGUUUUUAGUUUGAUAUCAUGCUCGGAAAAAAAAACUUCUGUUGGUUGGGAGAGAUGAUGAUAUAUGUUAUUGUAGGUGUGCUUUUGAUUAUUUAGUCAAAUGUUUCUCUCUUUAUCUUUCUCAAUCUCACUCGGUGCGUCUGAGAGAGAGAUAAGAAGGUGUAUAUUCGUGAUAUUGUUGUAGGAACCAACCCUUCUUUUUUUUUGUAUUGCCAAUUAUCAUCUCCCUAACUUCAUUACAAUACCCUUUUGUUUUGAUUUUUGGGAUGUUUUUAACUAAUCGAUGAUAGUUUCAAGUCCGUUUUUCCCUGUACUUGAAAUCCGACACUCGGUCCAGAAUCCUCCA